GGGAGGGUGAGGGUGAGGGAGAUAUUUCAGGGUAACGGAGGUGUCAGCUGUGCCGCAUGUCACUGCUAUCCAAUGCAGAGCAGUGAUUGUGUUCAGUGACAUUCAGCUACAGCACACUGCUGGAAUGGCAACUCCCACCAGCAUGUUAGCGGAAGAGCAGGUGCACUGCUCUAUCUGUCUGGAUGUGUUUACCAACCCUGUAUCCAUCCCCUGUGGACACAACUUCUGCAUGUCCUGCAUCGGCAGUUACUGGAAGUCCAGCGCCCUUUUCAUGUGCCCCAUGUGCAAAAAGUCCUUCUUAAAGCAGCCUGAAAUCUGCAUCAACACAGUUCUGAGGGAAAUCUCUGAGAAGGUCAAGGAGAUUAAAGCCAUCCCAUUCAAGAGCCUUCAGAAGACAAUGCAGAUUGACCCAGUACAGAGCCCUGAGGAACUCCCAGCAGAAACGCCUGAACAGAUUCCUCCCAGCGGCCCAUGGGUCCAGGAAGUGUCCUGUGACGUGUGCACUGGCACUCGCCAACAGGCUGUGAAGUCUUGCUUGGUUUGCUUGACCUCUUACUGUGAGGAACACCUGAAGUCCCACACCGCUCGCUUUACCAAACACAAGCUGAUCGAGCCUGUGCAGAACCUGGAGGACCGGAUGUGUAAGAAGCAUGAGAGGCUGCUGGAACUGUUCUGUAAGAAGGAUCAGACCAUUGUGUGUGUGUUGUGUACAGAAAUGGACCACAGGGCACAUUACACUGUACCCGUUGAACGAGAGUGGACUGAGAAAAAGGCUUUGCUGAGGAAAACUGGAGCUGAAGUUCAGCAGAUGAUCCAAGAGCGACUGAAGAAAGUUGAUGAUAUCAAACACUCCAUAGAUCUACACAAAAGCAGCGCUCAGAGAGAGAUCGAGGACAGUAUGCAGGUGUUCUCCGAUCUGAUCCGAGCCAUUCAAAAGGCUCAGGCUGAGCUGGUGAUGCACAUUGAGGAGAAACAGAGGAAGACAGAGACCUGGGCCAGCAGACAGAUAGAAGAACUGCAGCGGGAGAUUGAUAUGCUGAAAAUGAGGAACACAGAGUUAAAGUAUCUCUCACACACUGAAGAUCACAUCCACUUCCUGCAGAACUUUGCAUCGUUAAUGUCUCAUCCACACACUAAGGACUGGUCUGAGACCUGUGUGCAUGCAGAUCAGUGUGUUGGCACCAUCAGAAGAUCUGUACUUAAACUAGAGGAGACGCUUACAGAAGAAAUGGAAAAACUGGCUGAAAUGGAGCUAAGGAGGGUUCAAAAAUACUCAGUGGACAUAACUUUUGACCCGGAUACAGCGAACCCCUGGCUGCAGCUAUCUGAGGACGGGCAUCAGUUACGUCACCUGGGGGCAUGGCAGGACCUUCCUGACACACCCGAGCGUUUCGAUACUGUGGUCAUCUCACUUGGGCGUGAGGGGUUUUCCUCUGGGCGGCGAUACUGGGAGGUGCAGGUGGGCGAGAAGGACGAAUGGUACCUGGGCGUGGCCCGCACAUCUGUCAACAGAAAGGGACGGAUUUCAGUGAGCACGGCUCAUGGUUACUGGGCCCUAGCGAUGAAGAAAGGUCAGGAGUAUCGGGUGUCUUCCUCUCCACCCCUCCUGAUUUCUGUCGAACCCAAGCUGAAGAGGGUGGGUGUGUUCGUAGAUUAUGAAGAAGGACAGGUGUCAUUCUACGAUGUCCAAAGCAAAUGUCACAUCUACACAUUUAUGGACUCGUUUAAAGAUAAGCUCUUCCCAUUUUUCUACCUGUACUGCUGUGAUAAGGCCUCUGACACCAUGAUGAUUUGUCCCGUACAGGAGCAAUCUCUUGUUAAACAGUGUUGAAUCAUGAGUUACACAAUGAUGCCAUGUGACUUCAUUUCAGAGACUGUUUUCAGUUUCCCUGCACCCAUGUCUUGCUUUACAAUCAUAAACUACCUGUUAAAUCCAGUUAAGUGGGAGUUUUCUGUUCUUUGUGUUUUGUCCUCCCAAUAUAUUGUACAAAUAAUUCUACAACAAAAAUGUAUUCAUUUUAAUGCAUGGCUGAAUAGGAGUAUGUAAAGAGAUUAAUGGAAAGGAGGAGUUGU